UCCCAGUCUCCUCGUCAUCCACACAGCCUGCAGCUGCCCCUCUCCCCUCCCAAGCUGAGCUUGCCCCUAAAGGAGUCGAAGGGAAGCCAGCGGCAUAGUACUCUGGCCGUCUUCUCGAGGAAUAGGUGGUCCUAAAUGGCCAAUCUACACUUCUCAUGGUCGGACAGCAUCCAGGCGGCGUUCUCCUCGUGUCUCUUCUGCUUCAGAUCCCCUGACGACCAUCAUGACCAUGACCAUGAACAAGAACAAGAACACUACGGAGCGCGCCAGCGCAAUGGCCUGAACUUCGUCGUUCCGCCGCCCCGCGCACGCCCGGACGAGCUCGAGGGUCUGCUCGCCGGCUCUGACUCUCCAGACGCCGAGACGCUGUCGCUGCAUUCCAACAUCGGUGACGAACGUCGUCGCAAAAAGCGUCGAAAGCCACGAAAGGGCGUCACGCUCUUCGGAUACAGUCUGUUCGGUCGACCACCAAUUCACCUCGACUCGGAUGAUGAAGAGGGAGGGUCGAGCAGGCGGUCGAGGACGAUAUCCACGUCUACUCUAGACUCGGAUGCUGCACCGCUUGAUGCAUCUGCGUUGGACGAGCAAGCGAUCGCGCGGCUUGCAGCGGCCACCGCAGCUGCGGAGGAGGAGCAGAGGAAGGCGAAGGAGGAGCGGCGGAGGCUGAGGCGCGAGAGGAAGGAGCUGAAGCGGAUGGCACUGGCUAUGGCUAUGGGGAUACAACAGCAUGGAGAAGAGGAGUUUGAGGGAUUCCCGGGGAGCGGACCCGCGCUAGGCGCUCAGUCCGUCGGGCCCGGCUCUGGCUCUGUGUCCACGGGCUCUCCGUUCGAGGAAGAGUUUGGCCCGUUUGCCCACGGUGACGAUGUUGUCGAGGAAGACGCUGACUUUGGUGCGGAGACCUAUGUUCGACGCGUUCCUAAUGGCGUGCCUGUCGGCGGAAGCGCGUCCGACUCUCAAUCCCGCACGUCCGCCUCGAUAUCAAACACGGAUUAUCUGCGUUACAACCAUCACUAUCUUUCCCAGGCGUCCCCUCUACCCUCUCCAGCCCUUUCCUCUGGGGCAGACGCGCCAGUACCACCGAAGAAAAAGAAGAGGUCGCGGGGCAAGUCGCUGUCGUCCAAGCAGUCUGACGAGCGCUCGCACUCGACGUCUUCACUCCUCACAUCUCAAUCGCCUUCGCUGCCUUCCCCGCCUCCCAACCAGACUGCAUUCGACCAACCUGGCACUGCCAUCGCUCCUAUUGCGGAAUCGGACAGUCACUUCGAAGGCUUCCCCGGGGGGACCUUAGAUUUGGCUCGGGAGCAUGCGAUCGCUCAGGAGGAUGCAAAGGAACCCGGGGACUUCCCAAGCAUCGGUUUGCGCGGUGUACAGCGGACGAAGAGCGACAUGGGUGUGUUCCUGGCGAACCGAGGGCAUGAGUAAACCACCUCGUGGUGUAUGGGCCUUAUGGAGCGUAUGUUUCGUUCAGACUUGUUUCAUUUCUAUGAUCCUUGCCACAUCUAGCAUAGUUCCUUCUGUAUUCGGACUCGGAGGUGCAUCACUACACAUGUAUACCCGUUCGCUCGAGAAAUUUACGGUACCUAAGUUGUACCUUGGUUGUACUUCGAUGUCGACGACGACUUGGACACGAUGCAAUACGUCAAGUCAGGAUUUGACGGGCGUGCUGUAUUUCUGACCUUUGUCAGCGCGUUCUAAAGCCGCCUAUUGUGCUAUACGUGGGCGGUUUGACGUGCCUCAGAGGGGAGAAGAUGUCUCGGAUUGUGUUGAAGUAGCUACUUAUCAGUACC